GGCUGCUAAGUAUCGCCAGGAGAAAAUUUUUGAGAUCAUAGAAAGAACAGGUACAGCUGAAUCAUUGGUCGCUCAAAUCUCAGAUAAAGAACGAACUAUCUUGCAUGAAGUUGCAAGGAUGGAUCAAUACAAAGGAGAAAACUUAGCUGGAGUUGUAUUUCGUCUCCAAGAUGAGUUGCGUUGGUAUGAUGUAAGUGGUUGA